CUCCACCCACCUGGGGCAUCUAGCUAUGCAAAACCAGCAGGACCACUGCUUCAGCUCUCUCAGUGACAACAGGGGACAACAAUAUACAGAUCCGUGCAACACUAAAAUAGUAGAGAUGGAACAAGGGACAGGAAGGAUUCUGAAGAUUCUGUUCCUGUUGGCACUCACUGGUCAAUGCCAAGUUUCAGGGCAGCUCUCUGACCUGAGGAUAGUUAUGGUGGGGAAGACUGGAGCAGGGAAGAGUACAACAGGAAACACCAUCCUGGGUAAAAAGGUGUUUAAAGUGGAGGCUUCUCCAGUGUCUGUGACUGCACAGAGUGAGAAACAGAGUGGAGAGGUGGAUGGGAGGAAGAUUGAUGUCAUCGACACCCCGGGACUCUAUGACACAACAAUGUCUAAAGAAGAGAUGAAAAGUGAGAUAGAAAAGGCCAUCUACAUGUCAGUCCCAGGACCCCAUGUGUUCCUGCUGGUGAUCAGACUGGGGAGGUUCACAGAGGAGGAGCAGAACACUGUGAAGUGGAUCCAGGAGAACUUUGGAGAAGAUGCCUCAAUGUACACCAUCUUGCUGUUCACUCAUGGAGAUCAACUGGAGGGCAAAACAGUCAAAGGGUUUCUUGCUCAGAGCAAAGCGCUACGGAGACUCAUCAAUAUGUGUGGGGGCAGAUAUCACUCCCUAAUCAAUGACAAGAGAAAAGACAACACUCAGGUUAGAGAGCUGCUGGAGAAGAUCGAGGAGAUGGUGGAGGAGGACAAUGGAGGAGAACACUACACCAGUGCUGACUAUGAAGAGGCUCAGAGAAAGAUCAGCAAUAUUACAUUUUACUGUAAACUGGCAGCGUACGGCGGUCUAGCCGCAGCAGGACUAGGGAUGGUGUCUGGUUCACCAGUAUUGGUGGCAGCAGGUCUAGCUGUAGGUGUCAGCCAAGGGUAUGAAUGCACUAUGCAUAUGCUAGGCUUUUAAAACACCAGGUGUGCGUUCAGUUGGUCUUAACGUUUUGCUACGUAUGGCAACGGUACUUACUGAAUGAUAUAACAUUUCUUUCAAAACCAUUUGCAAUGUUAUAUAUAUGCUAGCCGUGUGGCAGGGUGGCCUAUCAUGAUAGUUUUUGAAAGCAGCCCAGGUGUUGACCAUGUUUAUCUUAGUGCAUGUAUUUAGUGUGGAAAUAUAGUAUUGUUGUGUCUUUACUAUGGAUUAAAUGACAUGACAUGCUAUUUUAUAAAAUCAAUUCUCUGUAAUUAAUAUUACCUGAUUAAACUAAUCAUGCAAAUGUAAUUAACUAGGAAGUCGGGGCACCACGAAAGCAUGUUUAUAGAGCUGUUGUCU